AUGAUGUCUCUGCUGGACAACAUAGCCAGACCUUCUGUUGUCCUUUUGCAGCUGUCUGUGGUACUUGUUGCCAUCUUCGUGCUGCUGAAGGUGGCCCAGUUCUACCGGGAGAGAAGGAAGCUCAUUAAAGCUUUGGAGGCAUUCCCUGGUCCCCCAAAACACUGGCUCUACGGCAAUAAUCACCUGAUAACUGCUGAUAAUAUAUUAAAUCAGAUGGUGUCGUGGGGAGAGGAAUACCCCUAUGCCUUUCCCAGAUGGUUUGGACCACUCGUGCCUUCUCUAAUAAUCCACCAUCCUGAAUAUGCCAAAAGCAUACUUGGCCAAACAGAUUGCAAGCCUAAAAUUCCCUACAAAUUCUUCAUACCUUGGAUCGGGCAGGGGCUGUUGGUCUUGGAAGGAAGCAAAUGGUUCCAGCACCGGAAGCUGCUCACUCCAGCCUUUCAUUACGAUGUGCUGAAAUCUUACGUGUCCCUGAUGUCAGACUCCGUCAAAGUGAUGCUAGAUAAGUGGGAAAAGAAGACCACGGAGAGAAAGUCAGUAGAGAUCUUUCAAGAUGUCAGCUUGAUGGCACUAGACAGCAUCAUGAAAUGCGCCUUCAGUUACAAUUCCAACUGUCAGACUCAGAGCGACUCAGACUAUUAUAUCAGAGCUAUUUAUGACCUGAGCUACCUCCUAGUUGACAGAGUCCACACUUUUUCUUACAAGGAUGUCUUCUAUGACUUAACUUGCAAAGGCCGUGAGUUUCGGGAUGCCUGCAAACUGGCCCAUGCCCACACAGAUAAAGUAAUAAAGGAAAGAAAAAAGUCCUUCUGCAGUGAGAAGGAACAUGACAAGAUACAGAAAAAAAGGCAUCUGGAUUUUCUGGACAUUCUUCUUUGUAGCAAGGAUGCAAAUGGAGUUGGGCUAUCUGAUAAGGAUCUGCAUGCCGAGGUGGACACGUUCAUGUUUGAGGGUCACGACACAACAGCCAGUGCAAUCUCCUGGCUCUUUUACUGCCUGGCAUUACAACCAGAUCACCAGCAACGGUGCAGGAAGGAGAUCCAGGGGAUCUUGGGAGAUCGAGAUACCAUCGAGAGGGAUGACCUUGGAAAGAUGACUUACACCACAAUGUGCAUCAAAGAAAGCUUGCGCCUGUUCCCGUCAGUUCCUAUUGUGUCCCGAUACCUCUCUAAACCGAUCACAUUUUUUGAUGGACGCAGCUUGCCAGCAGGCUGCCAGGCUGGAGUGAACAUAUUUGCUCUUCACAGGAACCAGGAUGUGUGGGAGGACCCCGAGAUUUUUAAUCCCCUGAGGUUUUCUCCAGAGAACUCAGCACAGAGGCACUCCCAUGCUUUCCUGCCUUUCUCCUAUGGAUCCAGGAACUGCAUCGGGCAGCAGUUUGCCAUGAACGAGAUAAAGGUGGCUCUCGCCCUGACCCUGCUCCGCUUCGAGCUUUGCCCCAACCCAUCCAAGCCUCCCACACUGACAAUGCAGAUUGUCCUCAAGUCCAGCAACGGGAUCCACCUGCUUUUGAAGAAGAUUCACUGA